GUGUGUGUGUGUGUAAAAUGCCAAGUGUUGGCCCGUCACCGCGCGCGUGUCAAGCCGGGCCGCACGUUUGGAAGGACGCCCGACCGCAGCCUUUCUCAUCUGCAAGUUCACCCCGAUGAAUUGUGACAAAGGGCUGUCAGCACCCGAAUAAGAAAUCGAUGCUCGAGGAAGCGACGCGCGGCUCUCCUGGAAUUCUAACGAUCCCUGUGUGUUUUUUUUUUUUCCCCUCGCGUCUUUAUAACCGUGCGAAGUGGCUCUCCUGGACUCCUGCUUGCCUCUGCAACUCGAGGGGGCUGAUAGUGACAGAUUAGCGCUGUUGAGUGUCCAUGCAAGACUCGGAGAGUGUGAGAGAGGAGAGGAAACAUGUCUGGCCACUUCUCUGAGAGGAUCCCUGCUAUCAGAGAUGGCAUUUUUGCCCGGCACGGCGUUGCUCGCUUCUAAAGUGCCACGCAAAAUCCUGUUCAUGUUCACGCUGUCGCUGUCCGUCACGUACCUGUUCUACAGUUUGAUGAGCUGCUACGACUCGCUGCGCUUCCCCGUGCUGGAGAACUACGCGUAUCAGGCGCCGGAGGUCACAACUUUGGCCACGCUGAGGGAGAAACUUUAUUCCAGCCCUUCACGCGCGCACCUCGAUCAGGAACUCGCAGCAACGACCGUCACGGCUAAUCUGUUCACGGAGAAAUACGACGUCGAGGAGAUCACGGCGGGAUGGGAGCGAGCUCGGGCGGAGACGGCUGUUAGUAAGAUCGCCGCGCUGAACGUGGAUCAUCCGGAGACCAGCACCAUGGACGAAGGGCUGGGGAAAGCCGUGAACUGCACGUCGGAUUACGGGGAGAAGAAAUUACCCCAAGCUAUUAUAAUAGGGGUAAAGAAAGGGGGCACCAGGGCUCUGCUCGAGGCGCUCCGAGUUCACCCGGACGUGCGCGCGGUCGGGAACGAGCCGCACUUCUUCGACAGGAACUAUGAAAAAGGACUGGACUGGUACAGGGACUUAAUGCCAUCGACACUGGAGGGCCAAAUCACCAUGGAGAAGACGCCCAGCUAUUUUGUGACGAACAGUGCUCCGAAGCGCAUCCAUACCAUGGCGAAGGACAUCAAACUGAUCAUAGUGGUGCGCAACCCAGUGACACGAGCCAUUUCUGACUACACACAGACACUGUCCAAACGGCCCGAGAUUCCCACCUUCGAGGUCCUCGCUUUCAAGAACCGGACGCUGGGCCUAAUUGACGCCUCGUGGAGUGCGCUGCGUAUCGGAAUCUACGCGCUGCAUCUAGAAAACUGGCUCCAGUACUUUCCCCUGUCGCAGAUGCACUUUGUGAGCGGCGAGCGUCUCAUCACGGAUCCGGCAGGUGAAAUGACCAAGGUGCAGGACUUCCUGGGUCUCAAGCGCAUCGUCACUGAUAAGCACUUCUACUUUAACAAGACCAAAGGCUUCCCCUGCUUGAAGAAGCCUGAGGACAGCAGCACCCCGCGGUGCCUUGGCAAGUCCAAGGGCAGGACACACCCCAAAAUAGAGCCGGAUGUCAUCCGCAGACUGCACAAGUUCUACAAGCCCUUUAAUAACAUGUUCUACCAAAUGACAGGGCAGAAUUUCCAGUGGGAGAUGGAGGAUGGAGGUGACUCGCCCGGCCCACGGGACUGA